AUGCAAAAGGCUUGGUCUUCAUUCAACGGAUAUCACAUCUCCAUAUCCAACAAAUUAUUGAGGAAACCAACGACAAGUGUUGUGGUACAAUGUUUCAAAAGUCAUGAUCAAUACCACCAUUUGGUUCAUACUAAUCAGUUGCGAAAUUAUCAUCUCUGCCAACCAUUACUUCAAUCACAACAUUCAUCAUCCCGAAAAGAAUUAAUUCAAAAACAUUUUAAAAAUUGUACUCAGUGCGGAAAAUGUUGUACAGGAUAUGGAUCCAUUAGAGUCUAUUUAAAUGAUACAAAAGCUAUGGAAGCAAUUGCAAAAUAUUUAAAUAUAAGUGUUGAAGAAUUUUGUAAGAAUUAUGUUUUGAGUUCAAUUUCACCUCGUUCCAACGAAAAGCUUCUCUCCAUUAAAUACAGACCUUCAUUGAAUUUCCAUAAACGAGUUGAGUGUGUAUUUUUAAAGCAGAAAGGAGUUGAUGAGCAUGGGAAAGCUAUUUAUCAAUGUUCAAUUUAUCCCGUGAGACCAGAACAAUGCCGAACCUUUCCUCAUGGAUGGAAUGAAGAAAUUGAAGCAGAUGAAACUUUUUAUAAUAUGGUUGAAAAUUGUGAGGCAUUAGAAUCAUUGAAAGUAUCUCGAGGAUGGGAAGAAGAAUGA